AUGUCCGGGAAGAAGAACCUACUUCUUUGUCUCGACGCGUUCGGCACACUCUUCCAUCCUUCUAAACCCAUCUCAGAAGCCUACGCACAAGCCGCAGCCCGUCACGGCAUCAACGUAGGCGACGCCAAAACCCCCUCUGCGGUAGGUUCAAGCUUCAGCUCCGCCUUCAAAAAAGCCUCUCGAGAGAACCCAAACUAUGGAAAGGCUACAGGCAUGGGUGCAAGGACGUGGUGGUCAAACGUCAUAGAAGAUACUUUCAAGCCUUUUCUCAGCGCAGGCCAACCCUUCCCACCUGCCCUUACCGAGGAACUUCUUCGCACGUUCUCCUCAAGUUCAGGAUACGAUCUGUACCCAGAUGUUCUUUCUCUUUUCAGAGUGCUGCGAGCUCACUCGGACAAAAACAAACCUUCGGCUGUCUGGUCCUGGGACAAAACAAUUGUGGGAAUCAUAACAAAUUCCGAUGACCGUGUCCCCGAUAUUUUGAAUUCACUAAACGUCAAAACAAGCUUCCGUCGCUACGUCCCCGGAGCUCAGAAGAACAAAGAAGAAGAACACAGAAACAAACGGGUCGACGAUGUACAUUUCACUGUGAUAUCUUACGAUGUCGGCUUCGAGAAACCAGAUCGACGUAUCUUCGCUGCUGCCGAAGAGAUGCUAGCUCUCACACUGGAUAGCACAGGGUCCAGCUCGGAGACCCCAGCAUCAUCGUUUGAGAAACUUUAUGUCGGAGAUGACCUGACGAAAGAUGUUUUUGGCGCUGAAGAUGCGGGGUGGUCUAGUGUAUUAGUGAAGCGAGGUCAGGAUUAUGGAUUGAAGCUGUCGGAGGAAGAGUGUGAACGAGAGGGAGAAACUGGAUGGAAACGGACUGUGCCAACAGUGGGCAAUUUGAUGGAUCUAUGUGCAUGGAGACCGGGGAAAGACGAGACAUCUCCGGUGCGGUAUGUACAUAGCUACGAGCCUCAGAGUAGGGUGCGGAAACGUGAGAAACAGAUCGAGAUGACGCGGACGAAGGCGGCAAGCAGGGAAAAAGGCCGAGAUAAUACAGACACUCACUGA